AUGGUCACCGUCGGCCUCGGCGUUCCCAUGCCCAUCCUCACGCCCGUCACGGCGACGUGGACCGCGCCAUUCGCGCUAUAUCUCGUCUUCCUAUCGAACCGUGUCGCCUACCACCGCAUCCAGAACAGCACCUACCUCGGCGACCGCGCCAAAGCGAGCAACACGCAACCGGAAGACGAUGCGCUCUUCGUGGCGACGCGCUGCCACGCCAAUUUCCUAGAGAACGUGCCGCUGGCGCUGAUCGUCGCGGCCGUGGCCGAGCUGAACGGGGCCAACCGGCGCAGCCUGCACUACGCGCUCGCGACGCUGUUCGCGCUGCGCGUCGCGCACGCCGAGCUCGGCCUGACCAAGAGCUUCCGAGGCAUGAAGGGCCUGGGCCUCGGCCGCAUCACCGCGUUCUACGGCAGCCAGGCCUUCAUCGCGGGCGUCGCCGGGUGGGCGGCGUGGUUGUGCAAGGGGUAUUGGGGAUACUAA